CCGACAUCAUGCAUAAUGCAUGUCGACACGCCUCGUUUUUUGUCGACAUGCGCAGUUGAUCGAUCUUUGUUCUCCCAUGGAGCAAUAAACUAGAUUUAUUGCUCCAUGAUAAGACUCCUUCCGCUCUGAAGAGGAAGCAUAUUAUUCUUCGGCAAUCUUUUCACCUUUUGCUUUUCUGCUGAGUAGCUAGAAACACACGUAACCUUUUGUUUGUCGACUUUCGGUGGAGACAAGUUCAAGUUGCGGUUGGUCUGCCGACCCACUUGGGUACAGGUCAAUAGUGAUACAUGUACCACCAGCACACCAACUCGUUCGACACUUUCGUUUCAUUUCUGCAUGCUGCCUCAGCUCUACUCCACAAAUACACCACAAGAUCCAGCUAGGGAAAACUCGGACAAUCAUUCAUAGUGAAUGUCUAAAACAACACUUCCUUCAAAAUCAAAGUUGAACUUCACUCAGCUACUGCCUGGUCUGGUGCCCAUGGGCUUGGUGUUUGUUUUGCUAUCAUUAUCAACUACUUUGUUGAUGUAAAACUUGUAUAUGAACCAAUGUUUUCUGCUGAACAGUUGUUGUUUCCUGCUGGCAAAGGGAUUGAACUUCAAGAAAGAGACACAAGAACAUUUUAUAAUAUGGACUUGUAUUGGAAGAUUUUCUUUUCUCAUUGUCUUUUUAAUUUUUUGAUGCAGAGUGAUUAUUUGGCCAGAGGGUUAAUUCCUUUUGACAUUGUCUUGCAAUUUGACAUUGCAAGACAGUGAUUUGACUUUGAGACAUUUUAGCUAUAGCAGUUGAAGGCCAUCCAACUUUCAUCAAUAAACUUCUUACUUGGAUGCGCAAAAUCUUCUCAAUACAGCAAUGGAUUCGGAAGAUCAGAAACCAUCAGCGGAUGAACUUCAAAGAUACAUUGAUCAAUCAGGUGCAGAAGACAGCAACGCUUUAGAUAAUAAUAAAUAUCAUCCAGAAACAUCCAUUUCAGAUGAAUUGGACUCGCCAGAUUUGGAGCCUUGUAUCGACACCACAGAUCAUUUUGGUGUUAACUCAAACACAAGUGCUGAUCUGAGUUAUGACUUGGAUAACGAGAGAACGCAAUCUCUGUCUAACAUUGUCUCAGUUAUUGCCUUGAAGCGGGGAACUGGAAAGGGUUACGUUAUCCAAGAUUAUGUCUUCAUCAGGGAUCGAACCAGAAACGGUAACAUGUACCUCAAGUGUCGGAAUCGUUCUUGUAAGGCACGGGCGAUUAUCAGCCGUUUAAACCAAGUUUCCCUUGCUGGAUCUAGGCAUGAUCCCCUCUGCCAUCCAUCAGGCCCCGUCAAAAGUUGUUCAUACCCUCGGCAGAAACUUCCAUGCCCUGAAGAAAUCACUAGCCCUGCGUUUCCAACUGAGCCGGGGUCGCUAAAUUUGACUGAAGUGUCGGCUGCAGAGUAUCAGGAACUUGAAGAAAUUCAACGAGCAAAUUAUCAUCAACCGAGGUCAAGCGUCUCUUUUGGGCAAUCUAGUGCUGUGUUCCAAAAUCAAGAAACUUCCAACGCUGGAUGUAGCAACAUCAACGGUAAUGGUUUGGUACAAAAUACAUCGCUGUAUCAUCAACAGUCGGCAUCAAAGGGGACGUCGUCUGCUGUUCCUGCCUCACUUUCACAGCAAUUGUCUUCAACACCAAUUUAUCCAAGUAUGACUUGGAAGAGAAACGCAAGUCUUGAGGACACAAACGUAGCGAGUACAACUUGUCCUUACCCAGUGAGGUUGAAUUCUGUUGGAGGAGAAUCCCUUAGGCUCCCUGCUACGAGGACGCAUACUCAGCACACUCAGAGCCACUCACAGUCAAUUCAGGCCAUCCUCAGAUCAUUCAGAGACAUUCGCCAAACUGUUUCUCAUCUAAAAACUCAACAGAAUUUCCCAGCUCUCAAGAACGACCUCAUUGUGCGAGCAGCGAGAGGAGACAGAACUGAGAGAGUACCAGUGUGGGUUAUGAGACAGGCUGGCCGAUAUCUUCCAGAGUUCCAAGCCUGUAGGAGGGAGCACGAUUUCUUUGAAAUAUGCCAGACACCUGAAUUAGCUUGUGAAGUUACAUUACAGCCCAUCAGACGUUUUGAGCUGGAUGCAGCCAUCAUAUUCUCAGACAUUCUUGUUAUACCUCAAGUGCUGGGGAUCCAAGUUGAAAUGAUCUCGGGAAAGGGGUUGGUAUUUGACAACCUGCUGACCUCCCCUUCAGAUCUAGAGAGGUUGAAUAGUGAUGUUGAUGUUGCAGAGGCCUUGAGUUACGUCUUUGAUGCAAUAACGUUGACGCGCCAUCGACUACAGGGCAAAGUACCCCUCAUUGGCUUCUCUGGAGCACCGUGGACGCUUAUGGGCUACUGCAUCGAAGGAACUGGCAACUCCAUGACGUUAAGUAAAGCCAAGAAGUGGCUGUAUGCACACCCUGAGCAUAGCCAUAAGUUCCUGCAGCUACUCACCGACAAGACUGUGGAUUACUUGGUGGGACAGGUGCUGGCAGGUGCACAGCUUCUGCAAGUUUUUGACUCCAACGUUGGUGUACUAGGUCAUGACCUCUUCCUGACCUUUUCCCUGCCCUACUUGACCCAGAUAGUGACCAAAGUGAAGAGCACUCUCAGGGAAGCAAACAUAGAUCCCGUUCCAAUGAUUGUGUUUGCUAAAGGUGCCCACCAUGCAAUCAAAGAGUUGUCUGAAUCUGGCUAUGAUGUCGUCAGCCUGGACUGGACCAUGCAACCAGAGGUAGCAAGGGCUACGGCUUCCACUGAUGUGUCACUUCAAGGCAACUUGGACCCCUGUGCAAUGUACGGCAGCAAAGAGGAGAUUCAGCAGCUCGUUGGGAAGAUGUUGUCCCGCUUUGGCACCCAGAGGUACAUCGCUAACCUUGGGCACGGGGUCUACCCGGAUUUCGACCCGGAGAAUGUCGGAACAUUUAUAGACUCCAUCCAUGAGCAGUCUGAAGCAAUUAAUAAGAAGAAUGGUGAGAAGAAGCUUUGAGAAUAGGUCAUUUCAUGUAGCGGUGUUUUUGGCCAAUCAAACUGGUCUAUUUUUUGGGACUGCGCAUCGGCAGGGACUACUAUUUUGGCAUAAUUUGAAUCGUAUUUUGCAUUGGUUACAGCACUAUAGGACUCUUCCUCUGUACACAGAUACAGAGUCCAAACUGUUAAAGCCAUUGGACCCUUUCGGUACAGA